AUGCCCACGCCCCGUGGCUGGACAGCCCUUCUGCUUCUGCUGGCACUGCAGGGUGGCUGGGGCUGCACAGACCUCAUCUGCUACACUGAUUACCUUCAAACAAUCACCUGUGUCCUAGAGAUGUGGACCCUCCACCCCAGCAUGCUCACUCUUGUCUGGGAAGACCAGCAUAACGAACUGGAAGAUGAGGACACCUCCUGCAGCCUACACAGGUCCGCCCAUAACACCACACAUGCUAAGUACACGUGCCACAUGGAUGUGUUCUACUUUAUGGCCGACGACAUUUUCAGCGUCAGCAUGACAGACCAGUCUGGCAACCACUCCCAGGAGUGUGGCCGCUUUAUCCUGGCUAACAUCAUCAAGCCGGCUCCCCCUUUCAACGUGACUGUGACCUUCAUGGGACAUUAUAACGUUUCUUGGUGUUCCGAUUAUGAAGAACCUGAUUUCUACGCACUGAAGGGCAAGCUUCAGUAUGAGCUGCAGUAUAGGAACCGUGGGGACCCCUCGGCCCUGAGCCCAAAGAGAAAGCAGAUCUCAGUGGACUCAAGAAGCGUCUCCCUGCUCCCCUUGGAAUUCCAGAAAGACUCAAGCUACGAGCUGCAGGUGCGGGCAGGGCCCCAGCCUGGCUCCUCCUACCAAGGGACCUGGAGCGAGUGGAGUGACCCAGUCAUCUUUCAGACCCCUAGGGAGGACAUAAAGGAGGUCUGGGACCCUCACCUGCUACUCCUCCUGCUACUUGUCGUGGUCUGCAGCCUUAUCAUCUGGAGCCUGAAGACCCACCCGUCCUGGAGGCUGUGGGAGAAGGUAUGGCUGGUGCCCAGCCCAGAGAAGUUCUUCAAGGACCUGGAUGAGAUCCACAGAGGAAACUUCAAGAAAUGGGUGGGCUCACCUGUCACUGCCUCCAGCCUGGAGCUGGGGCUCUGGAGCUCAGGGACACCCUCGACCCUGGAGGUGUAUAACUGCCAUCCACCACAGAGUCUAGUGAAGGGGCCGGAGCUUGCCGAGCUGACAGAACCAGCAGACCUGGUGGAAUCUGACGGCGUGCUUGAGCCCAGCUGCUGGGGCCCAGUGCCUGCCAUGGGCCGCAGCUCAGGUGGCUCAGCCUGUAGCGAGGAGAGGGACCGGCCGUAUGGCCUGGUGUCCAUUGACACAGUGACUGUGGCAGACACAGAGGGGCUGUGCACAUGGCCCUGCAGCUGUGGGGAUGACGGCUACCCAGCUCUGGACCUGGACACUGGACUGGAUCCUGGCCCCAGCCUACAAGACCCUCUUUUGGGCACAGGGACCACAGUCCUUUCCUGUGGCUGUGUCUCGGCUGGUGGCCCUGGCCUGGGAGGGCCCCUGGGCAGCUUCCUGGACAGAUUAAAGCUGCCCCAUACAGAUGAAGAGGGUUGGGCUGUGGGGCCGCCCUGGGAUGGCAGGCCGCCCGGAGAGGUCUCAGAGAGUGAGGCGAGCUCGCCCCCCGCUGGCCUGGACAUGGACACAUUUGACAGUGGCUUUGCGGGCUCUGACUGCGGAAGCCCUGUGGAGUGUGACUUUGCCAGCCCCAGGGACGAAGGGCCCCCCAGAAGCUACCUCCGCCAGUGGGUGGUCAUGACCCCCCCACCUUCAGGACCUGGGCCCCAGGCCAGCUAAUGAGGUUGGCUGGCUAUCUAGGGCUGACCAGGCUACUGGACCCCAAGUCAGAGACAUGGUC